CUAAAUUUCUAUACAAAAUUAUUGAACUGCAGUUUGUUUUUGGUACUGGUACAUGCACGUCUACUUUUCAUUGUUAUAAUACUCCUUAUUUAUGCCUACGUACACAUCGCUUUUUUUGGAAUUGUUAUUUAUAUUGUAGCGUUUUGUUAGUAACCCUUGUAAGAAGGAAACGUUUCUCACAGAGCUUUCACUGUAAAUGAGGUCUGACUUCAUGGACUUCACAGUUCACAAAAAUAUAUGUAAAUAAAUAUUUUGACUUUGCCCGGAAGUGUAUUUUUGACCUAUAGAGGGAGGAAGCCAUUUUCAUAACAGACUGAUGGUGCUAUUUUCUGGCAAAGUAGGCACGGCUUUAGCUCCUGUGUGAAAAGUUCAAUUUGGAGGAUAUCAUUUUCUGUUUUUAAAUAGAAAGGAAGCAUUUGGAAUUAUUUUCUGACGUUAUUAGAAGAUGUUUUCGCUUUCCGCCACAGUGCAACCACAGGUAACGGUCCCUUUAAGUCAUCUCAUAAACGCCUUCCAUUCUCUGAAGAGCUCCGCAACCUCAGUAAGUUCUGCUUCCAUCCAGUGCUUGCAGAAGGAUGUUACCCUGGAGGCCGAAGUUCAGGCUAAUGAGCCUUUGCUUACUCUUCGAGACUUUGGAUUAUCGGACUUUAGGGUUAGCCACUUGGGUGAAUUGUUUGACAGACUUCUUCCCUGCCAGCCUGCUGAGUUGAGCAACACCUCCACACUGUGGAAGACUUCCUAUAUUUCUUCACAAACAUUUUUUCAAAAUAAACAUGGGUUUUCAGACACACCGUUUGGAACACUGCGCUCUUCAUUUUUCUGCCGCCAGCAUUCUAGUAAUCUUCAGAGCGUCUGUUCAGAUCUUCACUAUUGGCCAGUGUUCAUUCAGACACGAAGCUUUAAGACUUUGAAAUCAAAAACCAGACGUCUUCAGAGUACUUCUGAACGAUUUUCUGAAACAGAGAGCACUCCUACGUCCUUUUUGAAGGGUUUUUUACUAAGAGAGCGUGCACCAGAUGUUGACAGUUUAGAGAAACUGAUGAAAACUAAGAACAUCCCAGAAGGCCAGCAGGAUGCAUUUAAAACAGGUUUUGCUGAGGGUUUUUUGAAAGCACAGGCAUUAACGCAGAAGUCAUCUGAUUCGUUACGGAGAACACGUCUGUUUCUUCUGGUUCUUUUAUUGCUUGGGAUAUAUGGGUUGUCCAAAACUCCAUUUUUAUCUGUACGUUUUCGAACCACAUCAGGACUUGAUGCAGCAGUUGAUCCAAUUCAGAUGAAAAAUGUAACUUUUGAGCAUGUGAAAGGGGUGGAAGAAGCAAAGCAGGAAUUACAAGAAGUUGUGGAAUUUUUGAAAAAUCCACAGAAAUUUACUGCAUUAGGUGGAAAACUCCCUAAAGGUAUUCUUCUUGUUGGUCCACCUGGAACGGGCAAAACUCUACUUGCCCGUGCUGUAGCUGGAGAAGCAGAUGUUCCAUUUUACUAUGCUUCUGGAUCUGAGUUUGAUGAAAUGUUUGUUGGUGUGGGAGCAAGUCGCAUUAGAAAUUUGUUCAGGGAGGCAAAAGCAAAUGCACCUUGUGUCAUUUUUAUUGAUGAGCUCGACUCUGUAGGUGGAAAGAGAAUUGAAUCUCCAAUGCACCCAUAUUCUAGGCAGACAAUAAACCAGUUGCUUGCAGAAAUGGAUGGCUUUAAACCAAAUGAAGGAGUCAUCAUAAUUGGUGCUACUAAUUUCCCUGAAGCACUGGACAAUGCUUUGAUACGCCCUGGCCGUUUUGAUAUGCAGGUUACAGUACCCAGACCAGAUAUAAGAGGUCGAACAGAAAUUCUUAAGUGGUACCUCAGCAAAAUAAAAUUUGAUGUGUCAAUCGACGCUGCAGUAAUUGCACGAGGAACAGUUGGCUUUUCUGGAGCGGAUCUAGAAAAUUUAGUUAAUCAGGCUGCAUUGAAGGCAGCAAUUGAUGGAAAAGAUAUGGUAACAAUGGUGGAUAUGGAGUUCGCAAAAGACAAAAUUCUCAUGGGUCCUGAGCGAAGAAGUGUAGAAAUUGACCGCAAAAAUAAGACAAUCACAGCAUAUCAUGAAUCUGGGCAUGCUAUUGUUGCUUACUAUACCAAAGAUGCAAUGCCAAUCAACAAAGCAACAAUUAUGCCAAGAGGACCUACACUGGGACAUGUAUCCAUGUUACCUGAAAAUGAUAUGUGGAGUGAAACCAGAUCCCAGCUUCUUGCUCAGAUGGAUGUCAGUAUGGGUGGAAGAGUAGCAGAGGAGCUUAUGUUUGGAACAGAACACAUCACCACAGGUGCAUCAAGUGAUUUUGACAAUGCUACCAAAAUAGCAAAAAUGAUGGUGACCAAAUAUGGAAUGAGUGAAAAGCUUGGUGUGAUGACAUAUUCUGAUACAGGGAAACUGAGUCCAGAUACUCAGGCUGCUAUUGAACAAGAAGUAAGGACUCUUUUAAAGGAUUCCUAUGAAAGAGCAAAAUCCGUCUUGAAGUCUCAUGCAAAAGAACACAAGAAUUUAGCAGAUGCAUUACUGACUUACGAGACUUUGGACAUCAAAGAAAUUCAGAUGGUUCUAGAGGGAAAAUCGCUAGAACCCAAGUCCUGCCUCUCUUAAACCUAAUUAGUGAUCAGAAUUCAUAUGUGGCCAGUGAUCUUCGAAGAGGAUGCUGUUUUCUGGGUGCAAAGCAAAAUAUAUUACCAUGUCUCAUGAGAAUGAUGCAGUCAUCAUCUUAUAAAUUUUAGUUAAAAAUCAUUUCCAACUGGUAUUACCACUUUAUAAUGACAUAAGAAUCACUUCGGGAUAAAUUCUCAGGGCUGCAUAUACAGUGUCACUGUCCUUGAAUAUUUUCUUACUGUACUGCCUUGAAUUAUUUGUCAAGUGUUACAUAAAGCUGAAUGGCAAUGUGGGGAGAAGGUCAUAACAGACGUAGACAGUUUACCCUUUCCUUGCAAAGGGGUAACAGAAUAUUAAUUGCUAGAAAUACGAGAAACAUGUUUUCAGCAAUUGAUCAUGUUAUUGACAUGCUCUAAACUGUGAUUGUCAAAAUGUGUACUCUUCAUCACGUUAAAAGUUAAUUAUUCGCCAAACAUUGCAAGAUUUGCUGGCCUUACCUUGAAAAUUUAUGUAUAGCUGCUGAUACAGAUUGACACUCUAGGAUGAGUCGAGAUUGAAACAGCAAACAUUUUGCAGCUGUGACACUGCAGAAAAAAAAUGUUUGCAUAAUUAGCAGCUGUUUUGUUGUUAAUAGGAUCUGAUAGUAUGACCAUUUUAUAACAAAAUGUUCAAAUCUACACAUUAUAAAUUUUCAUUUUUUUUUAAAUAUGGAAGUUAUAGAUGGUACAAUUUAAAGUUUCUGUUUCAUAAACCCUCCAAUACAAGAUUGAUAUCUUGGGAUCAGGUAAAGAAAAUGUCAGUUAUUGGAGAUUAUUUUGCAUUAGCAUUCAGUUCUGUAAUUUUAGUCUUUUGUAGAAUUUGGAGGUGCAGGUGCUCUUUGAAAGUUGCUGUAAAACUCUAGUAAUUGGAUUACUGUGAGCCAGUAUGUUUUUGGUUAAAAUCACACAAAAUUGUGAUGCAGUUCAUGUUUGGGAAGAAAGGCCACCAGUGUAGCUGCAUUAGCAGCUGUAAUGACAUAGACUAAAAUAUGGAAGAUAAAGUUGUUACUGAUGGCAAGGUUUAGUUAAUAAACAAAAAUGGUAUCCUUUGCAAAUAUUAACAGCAAUGUAGGAAAUGUAAAGCUAAGUAUAACAUCAUCUUUAUAAGAGUUCUGUGAUGACUCACCUCCAUAGUGAUAACGAAGGGCAUUUCAGCAGAUUCAAUAACUAGAAAAAAAAACAUGAGGUCUGUGUAUUUUUAUGAAACCACAAUAUGCAUCCUUUAAAGGAGAAUACUAGAACAUACGCUGAACGCUGGAAAGACUUUUUAUGAUGCAGCCGUCUUCUUUAUCCCACUUAAGGCUGGCACACAUUGCUGCUUUUGGCAUGAUAGUUUCUCAUAGUCAUCAUGGAUGUGUGCGUAAUAGAACUCAUUAAGCUGUCCUUUCCUUCUCUUUUUACUAUGUAAUCUUCAUUUUAAAUCAGAUGCACAAACCAUGUCUUGUUUUAGUAAAACAAUGACUGGAGUAGAAGACAGCACUAAAGUUAGACUUGUGGAAAGACAAAUAGCCUUAAAUCGCAUGUCAUUAAAAGGCUAAAUCAUUGACUGGUCUGGCCUUUUUGAAUUGGGAAGAGAUUUGUUAAAUUCUGGGCUGGUGGAUCAUUGCAUCCUAAACAUCAGAAAAACAAAAAAGUAUUUGUUGGAUCUGCUGUCAUAUAGACAGUGAAGCAUAAACAAAAUAAAUUUGCCUUACACUGAGUUAGUUGUUGGAUGUAAUGAAAUAUAUAGAACAAAUCAAUUUGGCUGUUACAGCUUUAGUAAAGCCUAGGGCCCAAAGCUGUGCUCUAAGCAAGCAUGUUAUUUCAGCAUUAAAUUAGUUUAAUGUAGAACAGGCACAAAUUUAAUCUUAAUCAUGGUUUCAGGUAUGCAGCUAGUGUAUUGAUAGACUGUACUGUAUAUUGUUUUCAUUAACCAUGACCUUGAAAUGGACAGAACUGUUACGGAAGAUGGAUUGAUGCCUUUCAUUGCUGUUUAUAUGAUCAUAUGCUGUAGGGCAGGAUCCAGAAUAAUUACUCGUAUGUCUGGCAAUGAAAUUGGUGACUGGACAUAUUAUACAAUUUUCCUGGCACGUGUAGCUAGUUUUGUACAACACAUUCAUGCCAUGUUUUGGUGUGAUAGUUUAAAAGAUUGUGUGGGUCAUUCACCACUGAAGAAAGUUCACAGGAGUUAAUGUCUACACCUUUUUGCUAGUAGUUACCGUGUGCUUAUAAUUUAUUCCACUGAUAUAGUGGAACUGAAAUGAUUUAAACAGUGAAAAGUUUGGUAAUGGUAAAUAUGAGGUUCUACUUCCAGAAUAGAAUUCAAAAGUGCAUUCCCCAAGAUACUUCUCUCCUGUUGUUCACCCACCCUCAGUACCCUUUUGUAGGUAUUUGUCCAUCACUUGUACCAGUGAACAGGCCUGUAUAAGGAAUUCCUACAAUAUGGACUCAGAAAAAGUUGUGCACACCAGCCUUUAAGUAAUCAUAAAAUCACUUGACAGCUGAUAUUGUAGGCAGUUGUUCCUUUGCUGUGCAAUACUUGACUUUUGACUUUUUAAUCAUCAAACUAUUCUUUUUACCAUAUUGAGCAAGUUCAUUCUGUUUGUGCAUGUAGCCAAGUGUCUUAUUUAAAGACCUGUAUAAUAAAAUAUGGCUAUAUUUCUAGAAAUAGGUGAUUUGUUCCUUGUACUUCCACUGUCAUAAUAGUAAAGACAGGUGCUUUUCAGAAACCAGCAGUGAUGAUGACCUGUUUUUAUUGAGAAUGUUAAAGGUUUCACCUUUAAUGCCUCAUUCAUUCAUAGGUGAAAUUUAAAGUCUGUGAUAACUCAUUCAUGAGAUGGGAAGUGGAACCAUUCUAGGCAUGUUAUUUUGUUUUUAAUAGGUCAGAAGAUAGUUUAUAUGCAUUAAAGGGAAGCACUCGCCUGUUUUGCCUGUCAGUACCCUUCAUUAAACUAGUUCAAUUUGUUUGUUUGCUUAGACUGUAAUAGUCGGAAAUGCAUAGCAGUGUUUCCUUCCUUUGAAUUUUGCAUAUUGCUGCAUGCUUUUCAAACUGGACAGUUUUCCCAUGUAUCCAAAAGAUUCCAAUGGUAUAUAAAUCUAUAUACAGCACCACAUCAUUUUUUAACCUUUUUUUCCUUAUUUACUCCAUUAUGUUUAAGCAAUUGGUGAUGAAUGGGUUUUCAGUGACUUUGUUGAAAUAGCUAGUCUGCAACAGAGCUGAAGAAUUUCAGUAAUGACCUGUUUAUCGGUCUGCUGUUUAUUCUGCUUUACUAGUUUGUUGGAGUUUCCAGGGUUUCAGGAAAUAUUUUCAUUAAAAGCCUGUUAUUGCAGCAUAUUGACAUACAAAAAUGCAAGUUUUAAUAAAGAUGUUUGUAUAUAUAUGCAGCUGCUCUUAGCUUUGCCUUAAUAUGUGUAGCAGCUAAAUAUCAUUUAAAAAUGAGAAGAAAAUAUUUUCCAUUUUCUGUAAAAAUAUGUUGCAAAAUGUCAAAUUAUUUAAAAUGUAAAUAAAAUACAGAAGUUUAUAUUGAAUAGCUGCUGUCUGGCUUUAGUAACCAUAUUUAUGUUUGUAUUUUUCAGGGUUCAAAGUAUCAGUGCUCUCUGUUUUAUUAGUAAAGUCUUAAAAGUUUUGA